UGUUAUUACUGCAAGCUGCCUCAACCCUAAACCCUCAGAGAUCCUCUCUCUCUGGUCGCUGGUCGGCAUGGCAGUCGCCGCCUUUGCUCGCAACCAGCUCCGACACCAACUGCGCCUUCGUGCCUUCUCCUCUUCUUCGGCGUCCUCCAUCCCAAACCCUUCCUCCGCGAUCGCCAGGAAACAGAAGUCCCGGCCCGACCUCCGCCACAUCAGGUCCGAAACUAAUCCCUCGCGCAUCGUGGACAUCUGCCGUGCUGCCUCUCUCUGCCCCUCUUCUUCCCGGCUCCAUCGCCUCGCUCUCUCCGACGCCAUCUCUACCCUCGCCGAGUCCCGGUCCUUUACUGAAGUGCGCUCGAUCCUUGACUCCCUCCCUCCCGCCUCCCUCCCCAACGCCAUUGUACUCUUUGGUCAAGCUGGCUUGCACGACGACGCCGUCCGGGCUUUCCAGAAGUCUCCCUCCACCCAAACCCUGAACGCGCUACUCUUCGCCUGCGUUGUCGGCCGUCGACACGAUGAAGUCAGCCGCAUCUUCAGCGACUUCCCAGGCACCCACGGCAUUACUCCUGACAUUAAAACCUACAACAAUGUCAUCAAGGCCUUCUCCGAGUCAGGCACCACCCGUUCAUUCUAUUCGGUGCUUGACCAGAUGUGCACUGCCGGCGUCAAGCCGGACACGACCACUUUUUGCAAUGCCCUUGCUGGUUUCUACAAGGAAAAGCAGUUUGACGAGGUCGACAAAGUGUUGGAGCUCAUGAAGAAGCACGACUGUGACCAUGGGCUCUGCAUCUACAACUCGAGGAUCCAGAGCCUCUGCAAGCUAAAACGCUCAAACGAGGCAAUGGCGCUCUUCGAGGAAAUGGAAACAAAAGGAAUAAAGCCGACUUGGGUAACUUAUAACCACUUGAUAUAUGGGUUUUGCAAUGAAGGCCAAUUGGAGGAUGCUAAGAAGCUCUACAGGGAGAUGAAGGGACUAGGUCGUAUUCCGGUUGACAAAUUCUACUUCUCUCUAGUACACUUCUUGUGCAAAGGUGGGGAAUUUGAGGUUGCACUGGCUGUCUGCGAGGAUUCUAUGGCACAGAACUGGAUCCCAAAUUUCUCAACCAUGAAGAUGCUUGUGAAAGGGCUCAUUGGAACCUCAAAGGUGGAGGAGGCAAGGGAUAUAAUGGAAAAGUUGAAAGAAAAGUUCCCAAGGAAUGCACAUAUGUGGAAGGAAGUGGAAGAGGCAUUUCCCCAAUAGUCUGAAAAAUCAUAGCGAGCAAUAGGAUGUAAGGAUGAAUUUCAAGGCAGCCAUGGUUGGCUCUAGUCCAACAUCUUCGGAUGCUGGGAGUGAGAUAAUGCCUUUGGAGGCAAAAGCCCAAGCAAAUGCUCAACCGAUGGCGGGUUUUCUUCCUGACAACUCUACUGGAUCUCUCCAUAUUACUCUUCAUAAACUGAAUGGAAAAAAUUAUCAUGAGUGGUCUCAGACAGUACGAUUGGCAAUAGACGGCAAAGGAAAACUUGGGUAUCUCAAUGGUGAAAUCAAACCUCCAACCACAAAGGAUCCAAGAUUCGAGCAGUGGCGGUCUCAAAAUUCUAUGGUCACUGCUUGAUUAAUAAACUCUAUGGACCCUGUGAUUGGAAAGUCAUUUAUAUUUCUACCCACAGCUCGAGAUGUGUGGGAAGAUGUUAGAGAAACAUAUUCAGAUUUGGACAAUCAUUCUCAAUUGUUCGAAUUAAACACUCGACAGUGGAAAAUGGAGCAAGGAGAUGGUGAGGUAACAACUUAUUAUAAUGAAAUGAUGAUUGUUUGGUAGGAGUUGGAUUUGUUUGAAGAAGAAGAUUGGGGAAAUCCAAGUGAUAGUGCUCGCUAUAAAAAAAAAAUAGAAAGAGGUCGGGUAUUUGUGUUCCUGGCUGGUUUGAACAAGGAACUCGAUGAGGUUCGAGGGCAUAUUCUGGGACGAAAGCCUUUAUCUCCUCUAAGAGUAGUUUUCUCAGAAGUACGUAGGGAAGAAGCAAGACAAUAUGUGAUGCUAAAAAAUAUUCCUGAAUCAAAACCAGAAAUGGAAGGGUCCGCUCUUGCAGUUCGUGGUGCAGAAAAGCAAAGGCCUUGGUGUGACUAUUGCAGAAAACCGUGGCACACACGUGAAAACUGCUGGAAGUUGCAUGGAAAACCAACAUAUGGAAAGAAGAAACAGGGCAGUGAUAACAAGUUAGGGGGAGCACAUGAAAGUCGUGCCCUUCAUGUGAACCAUUCUGAUCCAAAGCAACAAUCUUCCUCAGAAUCUUUUCCCUUCACUAAGGAACAAAUGGAGCACUUACAAAAACUAUUUCAGUCCCAAUCCUUAGGAAAUUCUAAUCCUUCAUGUGCCCUUGCUGAUUCAGGUAUUGUUCUCAUCGGUACCCUUGCAUGUACCAAAUCUAAUGGCUUCUGGAUCUUAGAUUCAGGUGCUACUGAUCACUAGUAUUUCGCAAUAUUUCUCUUCUUAUACACCAAGUGCAGGGAAUUAAAGAAUCAAAAUUGCAGAUGGUUCUUUUGCUACUGUUGCAGGAAAAGGACUAGUACCUAUUUCUCAAUCUAUAACAUUGAAAGAUGUUCUACAUGUUCCCACCCUUUCCAACAAUUUUCUAUCCAUCAGUAAAUUCACCCAUGAUCAUAAUUGUAGAGCUAAUUUUUGUUU